UCUAGUUUCCGCUUAUAAAUAGUUGCAACAAAAUCUCGUCCUUUGGGACACACUACUGCUCAAUGUGCUGCGGGAUUCAGUCUGUGAUGAGCAAUCUGGCUUCCUAGCUAGCGGCUACCGAAGAUGGCAAAGCAAGCUGUCGUUCCCGUGGUUGCACUGGCAUUGCUUCUCGGAGCACUUGCAACCAUUCCUGCAGGCGUACGGUCCAUCGGCGUGUGCUACGGCAUGAACGGCGACGACCUGCCGUCGGCGAGCGACGUGGUCCAGCUGUACAAGGACAACGGCAUCGACUCCAUGCGCAUCUACUCGCCGGACACCGACGUGCUCCAGGCGCUGAGCGGCUCGGACAUCGCCGUCACCGUGGGCGUCCCGAACGCGGACGUGGGCGCCAUCGCGUCCCACCCCUCGGCCGCCGCCGCCUGGGUCCAGACCUACGUCCUGGCCUUCCCCGCCGUCCAGUUCCGCUACAUCGCCGUCGGGAACGAGGUGGUCGGCGCGGGAACGGAGAGCGUCCUGCCCGCCAUGCGCAACCUCGACCGCGCACUCUCCGCGGCCGGCCUCGCCGACGACAUCAAGGUGUCCACGGCGGUGACCCUGGACGUGGUCGGCACAAGCUUCCCGCCCUCCGCGGGCAGCUUCCUUGAGGAGGGCUACAUGACGCACGUCGCGCAGUACCUGCAGAGCACCGGCGCGCCGCUCCUGGCCAACGUGUACCCCUACUACUCCUACGUCAGCAACCCCGGCCAGAUCGAUAUCAACUACGCGCUCUUCAACUGGCGUAGUAGCAACGUGCUUGACGGCAACAACACCUACCUGAACUUGUUCGAUGCGAUGGUCGACUGCUUCUACUCGGCGCUGGAGAACGCCGGAGCCGGGAACGUCACCGUCGUCGUGUCGGAGAGCGGGUGGCCGUCGGCCGGGAGCAAGGCGGCCAACGCGAGCAACUCGCGGACCUACAGCCAGAACCUGAUCAACCACGUCGCGCAGGGCACGCCGAAGCGCCCCGGGGUCAUCGAGGCCUACAUAUACGCCACGUUCAACGAGGACCACAAGCUUGCAGACGAUGAGACGCGGCGGCACUUCGGCUUGUUCAACAAGGACAGAUCCCUCGCGUACCCCAUCGAUUUCGUCAGUCCAAAACAGGAUCGAUCUCGUCCCUUCGGUGUUCCAUAAUUGUUGUGCACUUUUGUGAGAAUAAUUCCUGCAAAGGGACGAGUUUCCCGCAAGUUAAACUUGCAGUGUUUCUUACAACAGUGGUAAUUUUCUCACUUUAUGUGGCUACAAGUGUUCGCAUAGAUAUACGUGGAAAUUUGUUCACGGCGUAGGACACACAACAAACCUGGGACUAGGAGAUCUGCUUAACUCCAGUGCAGGAUCUGUCAAUUUUGGGAUCUAAGCCAUGCCAGCCAAUUUGACCUGUAUUGACAAGAAAAAAGAUAAUCAGUAAUUUAAGGUGGAAGAUGUCAGUUUGUAUCCA